AUGUCGGUCACCAGCCACGAGACCAGGAAGUCUCGAUCCAGCUCUGGCUCCAUGAACAUACAGAUUUUUCACAAGCCGGGCCAUGCAGACAGCCUCUUGACCCAUCUGAACUUGCUUCGACAAAAGUGUCUUUUCACUGAUGUGGUGCUCAAGGCCGGGAGUGGUGUUUUCCACUGUCACCGAGCUGUGCUGGCUUCUUGCAGCUACUACUUUGAGGCCAUGUUUGGAGGGGGCCUGAAAGAGAGCCGAGAGGGCCUCGUGGACUUCGGGGACAGACUGCACCCAGAGGUAUUGGAAUUGUUGCUCGACUAUGCCUACUCAGCAAGGGUGCUAAUCAAUGAAGAGAAUGCAGAAUCUCUCCUGGAGGCCGGAGACAUGCUGCAAUUUCAUGAUAUCCGGGAUGCCGCUGCAGCCUUCUUGGAAAAAAAUCUGCACCCAGCCAACUGUCUCAAUAUGCUGGCCCUGUCUGAUGCCUUUAACUGUGAGAGGCUGUUUGAGCUGUCCUGGAGGAUGGCGUUAGCUAACUUUGCUUCUUUGUACAAGUCUGAAGAUUUCCUUAAACUCCCCAAAGUGAGGCUGUUAGAGCUUGUGCAGAGUGAAGACCUGGAGGUGGAGGAGGAAAGCCUGGUAUAUGAGGCAGUUGUUGGCUGGAUCAAGCAUGACCUAACUGCCCGGCACGAUGACUUGCCCGCACUUUUGCGCUCUGUCCGCCUAGCGCUCCUGCCUGAGGCUUACCUCAAGACCCAGGUGGCUCAAGAAGAUGUCGUAACAAGCCACAAACUAGGCGGGGAGAUCGUGGCAGAUGCCGUGCGCUGUAAGAUGAGGCUCCUGCAGAAUGAUGGGCUGGUGACGGGCUUCUGCGCCCGGCCCAGGAAGGUCAGCCAGGCUCUCCUGCUCCUUGGGGGGCAGACAUUCAUGUGUGACAAGAUUUAUACCAUUGACCAGACAACCAGCGAUAUCAUCCCUAGGACAGAUAUUCCAAGCCCCCGGAAAGAAUGUAGUGCCUGUGCCAUUGGCUCCAAAGUCUACGUCACUGGUGGCCGGGGUUCUGAAAACAGUGCCUCCAAGGAUGUGUGGGUCUAUGACACCCUUCAUGAUGAAUGGGCCAAAGCCGCCCCGAUGCUAGUGGCCAGAUUUGGCCACGGCUCUGCUGAGCUGGCUCAUUCUCUCUAUGUAGUUGGGGGCCACACAGCUGUGAGUGGCUCCUUUCCGGCCUCCCCUUCCGUGUCACUUAAACAGGUAGAACAUUAUGACCCUCAGACUAACAAGUGGACUUUGGUGGCCCCACUCCGGGAAGGGGUCAGCAAUGCUGCUGUGGUUGGGGCAAAGAAGAAGCUUUUUGUUUUUGGUGGCACCAGCGUGAACCAGAUCCAUCUGCCCAAAGUGCAGUGCUUUGAUCCCUGUCAGAACCGCUGGACAGCCCCUACCACCUGUCCCCAAGCAUGGAGAUACACUGCAGCUGCUGUGCUGGGCAGCCAAGUGAUUGUGAUUGGGGGGGACACGGAGUUCUCAGCCAGUUCUGCCUACCGCUUCCACAGUGACACCUUCCAGUGGUCUAAGUUUGGGGAUGUGACGGCCAGACGGAUCAGCUGCCGAGCAGUCACCUGUGGAAAUAGGCUCUUUGUAGUGGGGGGCUACUGUGGAACUCAGCGCUGCAAAACUCUUGAUUGCUACGACCCUACCUCAGAUACCUGGAGCAGCAUCACAACCGUACCUUAUUCCCUAAUCCCCACGGCAUUUGUCAGCACCUGGAAAUACCUGUCGGUUUGAAGGCCUCCCCCGCAGGAGAGGGAAUGAAGAAGGUGGCCUGGCAUCUACUACCAUUUUCUUGCUAGAGGAUCCUCUUCAGCAGCCAAGUGUCACCUGCUCCUAGAAUGUUCCAUUGGCACCAGAAUCCUGCCUUGCAGUUGGAAAAGUGGCAUCUGUUAUGUAUGUGGUUCUGGGAACACAAGAAGAAAGUGGGCUUGCCACCUAAUGAGUGAAGCCUUUGACUUCUGUUGGUUAUAUUUGGGGCAGGUGCAGUGAGCCCAGUUGGCUGGUGAAGAAGGGCCUAGAGACUACAGUGCAAGACCCUUGUUGCAGGGAGCACAGUAGUCGUCGUCAUCGAUUGUCCACUCUUACAAAGGAUAAGGUGCGGCAGUAGAGAGAAGCAGGGACACUGACUUUUGAAGCAACACACCAGCACCUCCCUAUCCCCAAGUAAGGCGAUAGUCCCACCGAUGUCCUUGAUGCUCUCUGGGGCCUGCUUUGCCAGAUGUAACAUAUCUUUGUCCAUGACAGUGGCUUUGGGACAGUGAAGAAUGUUAACCAGUGUCAACCCUUCUGGUGGAUGUGGCGGAUGACCUUGCUUAGAUUCAAAAUGAAAUGACAUCCAACAUCAAGUGACUUGAAAAUGCCCUACAGGGAGUUCCCCGAGAGAUCCACAGUGGAAGCAUCUCUGUAGAGUCUGUGUAGCUUUCCAGGAUCAGGCAUUUGAAGAAGACUCCUUUUUGGGAUAGUAUAAGACUUAAUUACUGUAGACAUCCCUUACUUAAAAAAAAAGUCUUUGGGGACAUUUCUUGUCUUGUUUAUUCCUUACUUUGAUUUUGAUAUUUUCCUGACUAUGGAGUUUUUAUUCUGUAUUAUUAUUCUUUAUUAACUUUUAAUUAUUAAUUAACUGCUUCAUUUAUUUAAAAAUGAUUAACGGCAUCUAUUUAAAAACAUGUCUGUUUUAGUCCAACUGUGGAUAAACUUUGUUUUUUGUAAAUUGAGUCCAGAGUAACUUAAUAAAACCAA